AGGACGGUUGCAUGGUGUCUCAGUAUGGAACUUUCAGAUUUAAAAACAGAAAUUAACGCUCGUUUUCGCCGUUGACUCUUGUCAACGUUCAUACUAAGAAUGUGUGAUAUUGCACUACUUCCUCGAGUUCCAGGCUUCGUUCUCAACGCAACGCUCAAAGGCGUAACUCGCGUCGACUAUUAGGAAGCCCUGCAAGCUCUUCUUGUCCACGGAUAAGAGUAUGUGGAUGGAGGGGAGAGAUGGAGGGAUGCAGUAGAAUGAGCGUCAGAGAGCUGUGUGAGACAGAUGACCUGGCUACCAGCCUGGUGUUGGAUCCGCUGCUGGGUUUCAACACUCAUAAGAUGAAUAUAAGCCCCCCUCCUGAGAUCCGACGCUGGGGUUAUUUGAGAGAGACACUGCUGCGCUUCAAAAGGACCCAUGACUUUCAGGCCACCUUUGAGGCCUUGACGGUGGGAGAGUGGGCAUGGGGCUACUUCACCGAGCUUGGCUCACACAGGCAGGAGCUGCUGAGGCAGCAUGUUUAUCGCUAUCUCAGUGCCUUCCUAUUGGACAGUGGUGUCCAAAUUGAGUCAUGUGAUCGUUACUCCUCUGAAACCAAUGGAGCCAAGAUAACCUCCACUCGACACUGGGCAGUGGGAGAGAGGGUGGAGGUGUUGCAAGGCUGCAUUGCAGAGCUCAGCCCAGCAGACAGCGCAGUGUUGAGAGCAGGAGUGAAUGACUUCAGUGUGAUGUACUCCACUCGGAAGCGCUGUGCUCAGCUGUGGCUGGGGCCAGCAGCCUUCAUCAACCAUGACUGCAGACCAAACUGUAAGUUUGUCCCCGGUGACAAGUACGGGGCGUGUGUGAAGGUGAUCCGGCCUAUUGCCCCCGGGGAGGAGAUCACUUGUUACUACGGCGACAGCUUUUUUGGUGAAGCUAACGAAAUGUGUGAAUGCUGCACAUGUGAGAGGAAAGGAGAGGGGUUCUUUAGGCGUAGGGAGAGAGAGACGAUCCAUGAAGACCCAGGUGAUAUUGCUGGGCAGAAGUACAGUUUGAGGGAGACUGACCUUCGCCUCAAUAGAGAGAAGGGGAACUGCACCCCAGGGUCUACCACUGCUCCCACAAGCACAGCUCUCCCCCCUAGACCCUCCCUCUCUCAGCGGAUGAAAAGGAGUACCCUGGCUGUGAGCAGCAGCAGCAGCAGCAGGAGAAUGAGAAAGAGGAGUAGAUGCAGACAGGAAGAACAUGGGAGAGCAGAAAUGAAACAGAACCUUGUGAUGCCCUCUUUGUCACACAUUGUGUUUAAAGAUCUGAGGGUGUGCCUGCGUCGCUGUCCGGUAGAUUUGUUAUCGAAAUGCACGUGGCCCACCGAUGAUGGGAAGGCCUUGUCAUGUCUGACUACAGACGGGAAGCCUAAAGACACGGAGACACGAGACGGAGCUACCAUUCCCCUGACUGCAGGAGAAAAAAAGAAAGGAGGAGGAGAAAUUGAGGAAGGAGAGGAGAUGGAGAGCAACAGCACUUUUGAUCAUAAACCAGCUCUUGAGCAGAACCUGCAGCCCUUUACAGUCAGCACUUGCUCUCAUCAUGGUGGGAAUGAUGAACACAAAGAGAAGAGGAGGAGCCUGGGGGAGAAGCUCAAACUAGUGGAUAAGUCUUCCCUUGCUACACAGUCACUGAUGUCCUCUGGAACAAGGAACACGGCGAGAAAAAAAUGUGACUGUUCUGAUACUGGCUCACAAUCAGCCAUUCACAGAGUUGUUGUCACUAAUAAGAGGAACAGUAGCAGCAGGAUUGCAAGCAGACAUAACAAUGUCCCAAAUGACCACAGGCAAAUUUGUAGCAGCAGCAGCAGCAGUGAUGGCUUUGGUAACAUAAAUGGCAGUGGUAGCAGUGUCAUGACUGCAGUGGAUGGCGUUGACGCAGCUACCACUGACAAUGCCAGCAGUGUCACCGUUGCUAACAGUGGGUCCACCAGGAGUGUGUCAAAUGCCAUUAAUCAAACAUACACUGGAGUAGGGGAGUCAAAGAGCAGUGAACUACAGCAUACAGACUGUCAGGCUGUUGUUUUGAGAAAGGACAGCAGUGAACAUACACAUACUCAGGUGACUGACGGCACGAAUCGGAAUUCGAAACGCCCAGAGAGCAGCAGUGUUAGCAACGGAAGUGGGGUAUGCAAAAGUUUCCGAGGCAACUCUAGAGAUGGAGGAUGUAGAGAUGAAUUUUGCGCCCCAGUUCCACAUUCCUGUGUUUCUUCUCUUGCCACUGUCCCCUCCCGCUCUGUCAAUGUCCACAGCUUUUGCAUUCUCUCACCUGCCUCCCAGUCUCUGUUGUUUCAGUUGAAGCGGUACCCGACAGUUGAUCUUGUGAGAGUGUCCAUUCCAGGAGGUGUGGAAGCAGGCAAUGCUGUUCAGGGAGCAGAGAAAGAAGGUGGCAGUGGGAUGAGGGAUAAAGCAGGAGGGAGAUCUGCUGAUGUAGAAGAGAGAAAGACUGAAACUAGAGCUUCCAGACCGCAGCACAUCUCUGACAGAGGAAGUGGCAAGGAUUGUGCAAGAUAUGAAGGUAAGAAAGUGGUAAAAGAGAUGUAUUUUAGAGCAGUUGACAUUGAAGGUACAGGGAGUGGUAGGGUUUCUGAAGAGAUUACUGGUUUACAGCAAGGUAGAGGGCAGAGACGGGAAAGGGUCAGCAGCAAGCCUGUGAAAACUGAAACAGUUGAAGGCAGGGCUAAGGAGGGUAAAAAUACAAAAGGGGGAGAUGAGAGCGGUGAUGGUGAUAAUGUAGAUGGGGGGCUGAAAGACGGGGAUAGUGAGAGAACUGCAAAGAUUACAAAAGCUUGGGAGAAGGAGGAGAAAGACAAUAAUUAUGUUGAGGGGGGUGGAGAGAAGGGCAAAAAGACAAGGGCAAGUACCAGAAUUUUAGAAGGAAGAAGGGAGGACGCUUCAACAAAAAGUGGUGUCAAGGAGAGGUUGGAAGACAAACCCAGGGAGCCAAUCGGGGACUGUGCCGUAAAUGUGAGUGUGGCUGGAGAGGAUCGAGAGACUGGAGUAGGGGUCUGCACUGUGUCUGAAACUCCAUCCGAGCAAGAGGGAGGGAGAAAUACGGGUAGAACAAAUAGAGACGAAAAGAGGGAGGAAAAAACAAGUGGCGGUGAGAGAGACCAGGGGAGAGAGGGAGGGAUAGAAAAGAAUAUGGGUUUUCUUAGAACUGCAAGGACAGCAGGAGAGAAGGAAAAAGGAGUGUUGGAUAAUGAUGACACAGACAAGCAAGGAGAGAAGGGAGCAGGAAAAACCUGGGCCAGUGCUAGAACUGUGAGCAAAAGAGGAAAGGUGGACAAGGUGUGUAGGGAAGAUGUAGAGAAACAGAGGGAGGAAGAGACUCAAAGAAAAGAUGUCAGAGAUCAACAAGACACUACUGUAGGCAAGCCAAGAGAGAGUUUCAUCAUUAAGGAUGUGAGGGUUCUUCUGUCUGAUAUUUUUGGGAGGAGAAAAGAGAGAGUCAUGACAGGGAAAGGAGAUGAGGAGAUGAAAGGAAGUAGUACAGCACUAGAUCUGAAAACAAGUAGCGAUGAUGUGAAAGAGGAAGAGCAUGGAGGAGAGAAAGGGAAACUGCAGGUUCCUGAAACAAAUGUGGAGAUACAGAAGGGAGGAGGAAUUGUGAAAAGGAGCAGUAUAAGAAAGAAAGGAAGGUUGACGCAGAGAAAGGAAGCAGAGAAAGAAAAGGAUGUCUCACUCGUCACUCAGACACGAAGCUCAAACAAACCUGUAGUGCAAACUGACCUGCAGCAAGAAUUGCCUCAAUUUAAUGAACAUCUUUCAGAACAUCGUGUGAUUUCGGCAGACCCAGUUCCACCCCAGUCUCUUCUUUCAGUCCCAGAGUGUCACACUCCUGCAGAGGAUAGUCUUAAACUGAGUGUGGACCUCAUUCCGCAGACACAGGUCCAGGCCAGAAUUCCAUUAAAGAAACGAAUGUCUCGAAAAGCAAUGGCUAUGGAAUCUAAACAGAUCUUAAAUUCAGUUGCAUCAGAGGAAAUUACAGACGAAGCAAAAGCUUUUUCAGAGCCAAAUUUGGAAUCACAUUUAAAUUCAGGAAGAGAAACCAAAGUGACAGCUGCAUUAAAGAGAAAGGACAGUGAACUCGAGGAGGAACAGAAUCUAAACUGUGCGUCUAAGUCUUAUUUUAAGGCAGCCGACUCCAGGAGUAGAUCAAAAAAGAGAGCUUUAAUUAGAACCUCAAAAAGAAAUGCAGCGCUCAGAAAGCUGCGUUCUAGAGUAAACAGAAUAGAUCAUGUUCAUUUAUGCCAAAAAGUACAGUCGCCAAAGACAGGGGAAGAGAAAGGGGAAAGCAUAACAGCAGGAAAUACUACAGAGCAGGAAAUGGGAAACUUUGGGGUUAACACAGAGAACAGAAACCCAGAUGGAGAAAUGGGAAUGGUAGUGAGAGAAGGGCCAGAAGGACUGGAGAGCAACACAGCAGAGUCAGAGCAGACAGAAGUGAGUGAAAAAGAGGCUGAGAGUAAGACAAUUGAGACUGAGAGUGACAAAGAAGAGACGGGGGAAGGAGACCAAGAUAAAGUAGAGGGUGAUCAAAAUUCCAAGCCUCAGAUGAAUGUGUGCGUGGGCCAUAGCCCAUCACCUGCUGAGAUCCACAUGGACAGCCCAGAACCUGGAGAACGGUCUACUCCAGAUUAUAUGGUAGCGGCCCAGUGCAGUUCAGGGCAGGGAAAAGAAGUGGGUGAAGCUGGAUGUACCGAGGAGGAUGAGAGGCAAACUGAAGUCCAGAUUUUAUCAACUCUCCAAGGGUCUGUUGAAGAAAGGGGGAAUAACCAGUGUAGUAACUUGAGGAUUCGUCUUAAGAGAAAAAGAGGAGAAGAGUGGGAGAUGGAGAAGACUGAGGAGGAGGAGACGAUAGCAAUUACAAAAUGUCCAGUAACAGAAGGGCAACUUUUAGAGCCUUUUAGGGCCAUUCUGGACUCUGUCUCAGUUUUGAAUCUUGAGAUGGAGAGGGAGGUGUUAGGGCAAAGAGCGAGUGGAAAUGAAGGAGAAUUAGAGCAUGCAGCAGAAAUAAGGCAAGGUGAAUUGGAAAGGUGGGCGAAGAGGGGAGGGUCAAAGUUGGGGAAGACACAAAAUAAGCUUGAGAAUCUAAAUCUGAACAAGGAAAAAGAAGUGGUGGGUGAGGUAGGAAUUACAGAAAUGAAAAACAGUUUAGAAAUAGGAGAAGGAGUUGUAGAAGGAGAGAACAAUGAAGUGGUUGACUGGGAGGCUAGUGGGGCACUUGCAGGGCAAGUGAGGCAAGAAAGAAAGAAUACUGGCAAGGACAGGGCAACUGAAAGAGAUGUAGAGAGUGAGAUACCUGGGAUGGAUGAGACAAACACAGAGCCUGAGAUUUUUAAGAUUAGACUAAUGAGAAAUGCAAAAGCAAAGGAGAUGAUGUCAGAACAGAAUGAGAGAAACAGGGAAGGUGAUGGAGGUAAAGGUGAUGAUGCAGAUGGAGAGGCAGAGAGGGAGGAACAGAUCAGAAAACAUUUCAAGACUGAAGCAGAGUACAGUGAUGAAGUGGAGAGAGAGGGGACUUUAAAUACUGGUGGUGGAGACAGAGCCUUGCUGCGAAUCCGGCUGCGCAGAAAGGCAGAAGGUGGAUGGACCGUGGAGAGUGAGGACAGGGAGCAGAGAGGUGGACAAAGAGAGGGGAGGGAGAGGGAACAGGAGGGAAGUUAUGAGCCCUCAAGAAGGGAAAGAAGGCAUACUCGUACUCGAGAGAGGGGUUUCAUAAAAUUCCAGAAACUGGAAUAUGAGAAAUGCCCGUCUUCAUGUUCUCGACUCAGAAGAAAAACUAUACUCAAACAUCAGAGGGCACCCUCAGUUGGCCCUCCGAAAGUGGAGUCAGUGAAUUUCCCGCUUUCUCUCUCACCCCUCUCUCUUCACUCGCCUCAUCACAGCUCACAGGAAGAACCUCCGUCUCCUGAACAUCAAAACUGGAGAGGGCUGGAGAGGAAGAGGGAGCUGGCAAAAAGCAGAAGAAAGAUGAGGAAAGUGUGGCCAAGGCAAGGGAGAGACCUGAGGAGGAGGAGGAGGAGGAGGAGGAGGAGGAGGGGGGAGGGAAGAAGAACCACCUGUCCAAGUCAAAAUUUGCUCCAAAUGAACCAGGGUCUCUCAAAUAUCUCCACACUUGAAGCAUCAAACCAAGCACAGAUCUCAAACAGAAAUGUUCCCAGUGACACCAGUACUACCUCCUCUCAGUUCCACCCUAAAUCCAACUCUCCUCUCUUACCAUUGCUUGAGAAGUCUCUCCUUAACAUAGAGUCCAACAGCACAAACUGCUGUGAAGAUCUCCUAGAUUUUCAGACUUUAAACUUGGAAGGAUAUUACCACAUUCCCCAGCAAAGCAACCUCCAGAAUGCCCUUACUGUGUUUUGCCCAGGGGAAGAAGCAAACCAUUCAGAGUCUUUCAACAGUCCUUUCUCUCAAGCUGCAUCUGAAGCCUGGCACCCAGACACUCCAUAUCUUGAUACACCCAGCCCUCACAGCAACUUCAGUUCAGGUGCAGAUGUGCAGAAUUUGCCAGAUUUCAGCUGCUCUAAGAAUGUCUCUCUCUCUCCAGGCGAGGGCCACCCUUCCAUCAAAGAUACAGUGUCUUUCAACACACUAAGCCUGGGUUUUACAUCUCUCCCUGAAUCUGAAACACAGGGGUCUCAUCCCACAGGAAAUGUUUUUCCUGACAAAAAUCAACCAAUCCUCCACACCAAGGAAGACCCUAAAAGUCAGCACCUUCCUCUCACUAACAAAAAACAGUGCUCCGACAAAGAAUUGCUAAUGUUUGGCCCUAUGUCUAGUCAUGGGUAUAUGCCUCCCCCCAGCUCUCUCACUCAUGGGCUUCACAUGAAUCCGCUCAAUUCCAGCUUCGGUUCUAAGGGAAGCUCUGCACAUUCUGCUUGUGCCAAAGUCCAGUCUCACCCCCAGAGCAAAACCAUUACUCCUUUCCACAAUAUCAACACUGCAAAUAAACCAGACCCUUUUCCCACCAGCCACACAACAACAAGCUUGUAUAAUCCAGGGACCCAUAAUUAUUCCACAAAAUCAUUUGAGUCAUCAACAGGCAAUAAAUCAGCCCCUCACUCACAGUCACAAGCUUUCAGCGUUGGAGGAACAUUUUGCUGUGCAUAUAACAAAAAUACGCCCAUUUUUGAAAGCUCAAACUAUCUAGGGAAGAUUCAAGGUGGGAGACUAGAUCAGACUUUUCAUGCUAACCACUGUAAAAAUGUAGCUGCUGUGAGCAAUUCUAGCCUGCCGUUCAAGCCUCCAGGCAGUAAAUCUGGAUACAGUGAUUCUGGAAAAUCUCGCAUCAGUUACAAUCCCCCAGAUUCCAGCAUUGCCUGCCAUCAAGCAGGAUAUCCAGAGUAUAACUUCAGUGCAAGAAACGAUGCUGUUACUUUUGAAGCAUCCAACUACCCAAAUAAAGCUGUCUCACACAGCCACCCAAUUUAUUAUCUUGCCAACAGUAAGGAGACAGCAGCCUUCCAUAAACCUAUCCCAGAUAAAUCCCAUUUUUGCUGUAGUUUAUCAGACAAAAAUCUCUCCACUUUCCACAAGCCAUCUAAUUCGGUUCAUCAAAGUUAUUGCACACCUCACAGCAAAAUCUCAAAUCAGGACAAAUCCCUGACCCACUCGGUUUCCCAAAACCCCCGUUCUGCAUUUACCGUCUCUGCCAGUCCUCAAGAUAAACGGCAGUCAUCUUUCCCCAAGUCACCAGUUUUCACAGCUUGCAACCCUUCUAACUAUACCUACAAUCCGUCAGCGACAACUGUGGACAAAUCACAGUCUGCGUCUCAGUGUAACAGCCCUCAAGUAGUCCAUAAUCACGCUUCUGAACAGCCAGCCUCAGUAAAUAAAUCCGUCUCCUAUGAUCAAGCUUCUCCUUAUGUGUUCAACUUCACGGGUGACCACUCAGUGACCCUUGGCUACAAAGAUGGAGGGGAGUAUUUGAACUAUUCAGGGUCAAUGCCUACAAAUUACACCUACCACUGCCUCAUGGAGCCCUCUGGAACACAAGGGAGGCUGGUCCUUGAGCCAUGUGGCCCUAUGUCUUCAAAGUGUUCACCUUCUCCCUCUCUAGGUGGCUUUGCAGGGUUGAGGAACACGGAGGGAAUGCAGAGAGAAGAUCAGAAUCUGAACUUGCACCAGUCAAGCCAAGCUACAGCCCAUACAGUCUCGGUGUCUCGUUCUUUCCCCACGUCCACCCACUCCCUGGUCCCCCGUCACCUGGACAGGAAGCCCAAGAGACUUCGCUUAGUUGUGACUGAAGGCUCUGUGGAUCUAGACCUACAGUACACAGACUGAUAGUCUUUUUUUUAUAAGCCCAGCAGCCAGACAGACUUAUCAAAAUUGAUUGAUAAGUGUCUAUUUUACUGUUACUACAACAAGAUAGUGUUUUUAGCUUUUCCAUCUGAAGAAAAAUCUAAU